GAUCAAUUUUCAAUCCAACUUAGUUUCAGUCUCUCAUAAGAGUUUGUUGAGCUAGUUUGAAGGAGGAAGAUGGGUGGUAGUGGUGGAGGUGGAGGUUCUGUGUGGGUUUUGAGCCUUUUGGUUGUGGCGUUUAUGAUGGUGAGCCAAGAGGUGAAUUGCAUAUCGUGUGGGGAUGCAGUGUCUGCUUUGAUCCCUUGUGGAUCAUUCUUGAUGGGAGAGGGACCUCCCAAGCCCAGUGAUCAGUGUUGCUCAAGUGCACAGGCACUCAAUAAGAUGGCUUCCACUCAUGCAAGCCGUGUUGCUGUGUGCGAGUGCUUUAAGUCUUCUGGGCCUUCUUUUGGGGUGAAACCUGCAAGAGUUAAGCAACUCCCCUCGCUCUGCAAGCUCAAGCUUAACUUAGCCAUUAACCAAAAUACCAACUGCAAAAAUGUAUGAUUUGGAUGGUGCAGAGAGUAGACUUGAGCUUCUCCUUUAGUAUAAUGAAUAAGGAAUGGAUGGCAUGCAGUGGGCUGCUAUGAUAAUUUGAUAUUAUUUUAUGUUGUCAAUGGCUUCAUCUAUUAGGUUCUAAGGGUACAGUGUUGGGACUUCACUAUAUGCCAACUUAAAAAAGGUACUGUUGAGUGUAUUUUUUUUUUUUUUUGGGUAAACUAAGUUUCUGUCAGUUUGUGUUUUCUAAAUAUGUGUGAAUACAAGAAUAUUUUGAGGUUUCAGGUUCAA